ACGCUCACUCUAGCCUAAACUCACUGCUAUGUGAUAUGCCUGAACUAAACAAACUGAAGGAUUCGGUGUGGAUUGUAUUAAAGCCGUCGAAUUCCGUUACCUUACUGCUCGGCUGUGUUUAUCGUCAACCUAACGCAUCAAUAGAUGAAAUAGCAGUAUUAUCGGAGGUAUUCACACUAGCAUCAUCCCUCUCAUUCACAGGCAAGCUCAUUUGUGGUGACUUCAAUAUGCCCGAAAUUUCUUGGCUGCCAGUCAAAGCGCCGAGACGUUAUGAAUCAUUUAUUGAAUGUCUAGAGCUUGGACAAUGGACUCAGUAUGUCGAUAGCCCUACCAGACAUCAAAACAUCUUAGACUUAGUCUUUACCAGUGGCCUCAUCCCCAAUACUUUGUAUAUUGGAAAAAAGUUCCCAGGUAGUGAUCACAACAUUGUCAUAUGCAGCCUUAAUGUAAAAACCACAACCGAUAGAAGUAAAACCGUAACACUUCGUAGAAACUAUCGCAAGGUUGAUUGGAAUAACUUCCACAAUUACUUAAGAAGCACUGAUUGGAGAACUUUCUUUACCUCAAACAAUACCGACACAUUAACCAAUAUAUUUUAUCACAACAUCAAAAGUAUCAUCAACAACAUCGCACCUUUAGAAUACUGUAAACCUACGUUCUCCAAAGAUCUCUAUAUACCGGUCAGUACAAGAAGACGUCUUCAAAGACAUUGUACUCGAUUCCACAACUUAAAUGACUUUUCCUCUUUAGUAACGAUGACAGAAAUACUUGUCCGAACAGAGGCAAUAAGUAAACAAAAAGCAGUAGCACAGGAAAAACGUGCAGUUGAACUUAAUAAUAACUCCUCUGCACUCACCAUACUACUCCAAAAUAAACUUAAACGCUCUAAAUCGAGAGGGAGUAUAUUCAUUAAAGGCAAACAAGUAUACGAAGAUCCCAAACUUAUCACAGAAUUAUUUAGUGAACAUUUUUGUUUCUCACUAACUAACGAAAAACCAUUUAAUGAUUCAGAACCAAUCCCAGUAACUCCCUGUGAAAUUACUAAUGUAGAAUUCAGUGUACAAAAUAUCUCCAAGGCAAUCAGUACAUUGAAACACUCCUACACUGAUGGACCAGAUGGUAUCCCAUCUAGCAUGCUAAAACGUGGAGGUGAUGAUAUGUGUGUUUUGCUUCUCAAACUAUUCGCGAUAUCACUCUCUUCAGCGUGUUACCCUACUGCCUGGAAAACUACACAUAUCAUUCCCAAAAUUAAAACAGGACCUGAAGCAAACGUUGAAAAUUACCGGCCUAUAAACAUAACUUCAGUGGUAUCCAGAGUGAUGGAAAAAGUAGUUAAGGCGGCUGUAGUCCAACAUCUACUAACUAAUAAUCUCAUCUCGACCUCCCAGCAUGGAUUUCUUAGGUCCAGAUCAUGCGAUACAUGCCUAGUAGACUACCUGAAUGAUAUAACUCUGAAACGAGACAGCGGACUCCUUGUAUCAGUCCUAUUCCUAGACUUUAAGAAAGCCUUUGAUAAGGUCCCACACAAAAGGCUACUCGUCAAACUAAAGUCCUUCGGAAUACACAACCCACUGUACUCAUGGUUUGCUUCGUUCUUAACAGAACGUAAACAGAUGGUAAAGUACAAUGACUGUCUCUCGUCCCCUAGACCAAUCACCAGUGGAGUCAUCCAGGGAAGCGUAUUAGGUCCACUUUUGUUUCUUAUGUAUAUAAACGAUAUAUGUAACACCAUAGAAUUUGGGAAACCAUACUUAUAUGCUGAUGAUCUCAAAAUAGUAUACAGCUAUAAGCCUGAGACACUAAGCGAAAGUGUAUCCCAGAUCCAAAAGGACCUCAAUAACUUAACUAUAUGGAGUGAAAAAUGGCAAUUACCAUUUAACCUCAACAAGUGCGGGAUCAUGCACUUUGGAAAGCAUCCCUAUAAACCGCGACUUCACUUAAAUGAAUGUAGAGUCCAAACAUUCGAAUCAGUACACGAUUUAGGAAUUAAUUACACAGGAAGCCUAAACUUUGAAGAACAUGCCUCCUAUAUUAUUUCUAAAUCUAGACGGCUAAUUGGUUUUAUAAUGAAAAACUUUUUCACAACAGAGGGUAAACUUACUCUCUACAAAAUAUGUGUACGACCCUCCCUUGAAUACUGCUCUUUUGUCUUCUCUAAUAUGAAUAUCGCAGACAAGAUAAGAGUAGAAGAUGUUCAAAGACGUUUCACACGUCAACUACUAGGAUGUAACUCGAAUCUCGAUUACACAGAAAGAUGUAAGCAUCUAUCUUUAGAACCUUUAUGGCACCGUAGGCUAAAAAACAAUUUAAUAUUUCUCUACAAAGCGAUAUAUGGGCUCUCCUUUCUAACCUCCUGCCCGACUAUCACCCACGACCCAGCCUAUAGACUUAGAAACAACGCAUAUACACUACUUACCGUAAAACACCAAAAACAAAUGCGUUGUAAGUUUUUUACAGUACGGUACAGUUUAUUGUGGAACAGGCUGCCAAUGCCUAUCCGUAACUGUGAUACGUUUACCAGAUUCAAAAAGCUAAUAACCCUAUUUCUAGACUCCAAAGAGCUUCAACAUUUCCUUGAACUCCCGCCCACCAAGGAGGCACUUUAUUACGGACCGCCUAGUGUCUAGAAAGAACAAAAUUAUAACAAGUUCGACUGUUACUAAUAUGAAUAUAACCAAAUCACAGAAUAUAUGGCCUAUCCUUUCCUAUUAUUCAUUGUUUAUUAAUCAUGACUUCAUGCUCCUAACCCUAGCUUUCAGUCCCCAAAUCUCUACAGGUUAAAUGUACAUUAUUCUUCCUAAAAGUCAUGCUUUUUUUUCUACUGCAAUUAGACAGAUAGCUCAACCUUAUGGAUGCUGAUCUACUAAGGCCGAUCAUACAAAGCUCAAAAUUUGGCCACAAAGUCUUGUGAGUUUCUCAAUGUUUUAUUUGUCUUACCCUGAAAUCUUUUUUUUUCUUUCUACAAUUUUCUACCCUCUCAUAUCUUUUGAUUUGCUAUUAGUCCUUACUUCUUUAAACCAUUAGUUAUUUUCAUAGUAGUGUGAUAUACUAUAUGGACAUCUAACCCCCAAAAAAACUUUUCAACUAUCUGAUUUGCUUGUAACAUGGACCUAGUAGAGACAGUGUAUUCCAACUAUGGGCUUUGAUUAAAGCAGUAUUCAUACUUACCACAAACGUAAGAGAGCCUAACAUCACAAAAGGAGGGAGGGUGGCGUUACUGACCAGCAAACAUGAAGGUGGGGAGAUAACUUCAAUCCACCCAUGUCUGUAGGGCAGAACAUUUUGUUUAAUUACGGCUCCUUAUGUUUUAGUGGGAUGUCACGAACUUAUGGUAUUGAUGCUGAUUUAUCACGCAAAAUACCUCUUUAAAUCGUGUUACGAACGUUGAAUUGGUUUCACUUCCUACCCAGAAAUCCUAUUACAAGCAAACUAGACAAUUCGCUAAUAUACGAAGCCUACUCAAGACCCUAUAAUACCUGAAAAAAAUAAUAAUACAAAAAAAACGAAAGGGGCUCUAAUAGCUUCGAUAAUAAAAGGAAGAUAGCCAAUUGUAUAUCACAAUACUGUUUCUAGCACUAGAUUUUAUUUUAUAAUCACAAAUAAUCCCAUACUUUCAGCUCCUUUACGAAUCGCCUCCAUUUGUCAGUUGUAUGUCCACUCACACCUUGUUAUCACUUAUUUUCUUUAACCUAUUAAAAUGCGAUUUCUUAA